ACAGACAGGAUUCCCAAGUGACACAGCCUCUCCUCGGAAAGACCCACAAUGACCAAAAAGCACUCGGCACGGGGGAUAUGCUUUUGAUUUAUUAAUCAGGUCAGCGAACAUCCCGCGGCUCAGGGGAACGGACAGGAGUGCGCCGGAGGAGUCACGGGCUUCUGAGUGCUAAAUGUACAUGCAAACAACUGAAUGAAACAUGGUGCACGCAAUGUGCCCUGAGAUCGCAAAGGGAUCUGCUCCUCCGUUUCUUUCUACUCUGAGCUCAGCGAAGUUUCUAUGAAGAUCAGACCUGAUAUUGAAGGAUUCCACUUGUACAAACAGUGCUGACCGCAUUCGAGUGUGCAGCUCCGUCAACCCUGAGUUUCAAUUAAGGACCAGAAACCGAAUUUAAUGCAUUAGAUGGCAAUACAUGUUUGCAUAUUUAAACAACAAAGAAGAACAGCUGGAUCUGAAGCAUAGAGAACGUACUUGGAGAGAUCUGGGCAGUCUACAUGAAUCAAGAGGAAUUCUUCUAGACACCAUUUUUUACUAGUAUAUGCUGAGAUAUACUCUCCCAGAGACAAAUGCUGACUGUGAAUGGUUUGUCGUUGUUUCUUUGGAUCCUGCUCGAUGAGGGUCUAUUAACACCCCUGGAGUCAUUGUCACCAAAGAGUUCAGGGCGUAGAGGGAGUGACAAGGUAAUUGAACUGUCAGGAGAUGGAGCUCCUACCCUUCAACGUGUACGGCGUGGCUGGAUCUGGAACCAGUUCUUUGUACUGGAAGAAUAUAUGGGGUCUGAACCUCAAUAUGUGGGAAAGCUGCACUCUGACCUGGACAAUGGAGAUGGCUCUGUAACAUACACUCUCUUGGGCCAAGGAGCUGGCUCGAUUUUCACCAUUGAUGAGAUAACGGGGGACAUUCAUGCAAUAAAGAGUCUGGAUCGAGAAGAAAAGUCUUUCUAUGUUCUACGUGCGCAGGCUGUGGAUACAGAAACUAGAAGACCUGUGGAGCCUGAAUCUGAGUUUAUCAUUAAGGUUCAAGAUAUUAACGACAAUGAACCAAGGUUUCUGGAUGGGCCUUAUGUUGCUAAGGUCCCGGAAAUGUCUCCUGCUGGUUCCUUCGUACUUCAGAUAACAGCCACGGAUGCAGAUGAUCCUACGUAUGGCAACAGUGCAAGAGUGGUGUACAGUAUCCUGCAAGGACAGCCCUAUUUUUCUGUGGAUCCCAAAACAGGCGUCAUCAGAACAGCCUUAGCCAACAUGGACAGAGAAGUCAAGGAAGACUAUCAAGUUAUCAUCCAAGCCAAAGACAUGGAAGGACAAAUGGGAGGGUUGGCAGGCACGACAACUAUAAAUAUCACGCUCACUGACGUCAAUGACAAUCCACCCAGGUUUGCCAAAAAUACCUUUCACCUAAAGGUUCCUGAAUCAACUCCUGUUGCUUCACCAAUUGGUAGAAUAAAAGCCAAUGAUGCUGAUGUUGGAAUGAAUGCUGAUAUAGAUUACAGCAUUGUUCCUGGAGAUGGGCUGAAUGUGUUUGACAUUACAUCUGAUAAAACUACUCAAGAAGGAGUCAUCAGCUUGAAAAAGCCACUGGACUAUGAAAAUAAGAAAUCUUACGUCUUCAAAGUAGAUGCCGUAGAUCCUCAUCCUGAUAAUCGCUUCCUGUCAAUGGGUCCUUUCAAAGACACAGCUACCAUCAAGAUCACCAUUCUCGAUGUGGAUGAACCUCCCGUUUUCAGCAGGUCCUCCUACAUAAUGGAUGUUUAUGAAGACACCAAUGUGGGGAGUAUUAUUGGAGCAGUAACAGCACAAGAUUCUGAUGUUAGCAACAGCCCUGUCAGGUACUCAAUUGAUGAGAGCAGCGACCAGAAGAGAUACUUCACCAUUGAUGAGAUUGAUGGAACUAUUGCUACCAAUGACAUUCUGGACAGAGAGGAUAUCUCCCAGUAUAAUAUUUCUGUCCUAGCAACAAAAGUCAGAACUGAAGACUGGCUCCUGGUUAUGACAAGAAGCAAAACAAAGAAUAUUGGGUGGAAGUUUAACAUGUGGCUAAGCACAGCUCCAGUACCAUAUUCAGGCAACCCUGGGUUAGUCAGCAAAGUCCCUGUGACCAUUCAGGUUUUAGAUGUCAAUGAGUAUGCACCAGAAUUCUCAGUGCCUUAUGAGACGAUGAUGUGUGAAAAUGCCAAGUCUGGUCAGGUAAUUAUGACAAUCAGCGCUGAGGACAAAGACCUGCCACCCACUGCUCCACAAUUUCACUUCAGGCUGUCACCCGAGGACGAUACAAAUCCAAACUUCACCAUUCAAGACAAUGGAAACAACACAGCUGGAAUCUUAUCUAAGAGGAACGGUUAUAGUCGCAGGCAAUUGGAGCUCUAUUUCCUUCCAGUUGUGAUCUCAGACAGUGGGUACCCUACACAAAGCAGCACAAAUACUUUGACAAUACGAGUCUGCGGAUGCGAUGUGGAUGGUACAAUCUUAUCCUGUAACGUAGAAGCAAUCUUUCUGCCAGUGGGCUUGAGCACAGAGGCACUGAUAGCAAUCUUGCUUUGCAUUAUUAUACUUCUUGUUAUUGUCGUGCUGUUUGUGGCAUUAAGAAGACAAAGGAAGAAAGAAAUCUGCAUGACUUCGAAGGAGGAUAUCAGAGACAAUGUAAUCAGUUAUGAUGAUGAAGGAGGUGGAGAAGAGGACACCCAAGCUUUUGACAUUAGUACACUACGGAAACCUGACUUAAUUGAAGAUAUACAGCUACGAAGAGAUGUAAUGCCCGAGACCCGCCAUCCACAUCGUCAGACCAUAAUAGUGAAAAACAGCACAAACAUCAGAGACUUCAUCGACCAGCGAUUGCGAGAGAAUGAUGCAGAUCUCAGUGCACCUCCUUAUGAUUCACUGGUUACAUACGCUUACGAAGGGAACUGCUCAUUGGCUGAGUCACUCAGCUCUUUGGAAUCAGUUAAUGCAGAUAUGGAUCAGGAUUAUGAUUACCUCACCAACUGGGGACCACGGUUUAAAAUACUGGCAGACCUUUAUGGAGCAGAGAAAACCAACAGUCGAUAAAUAGUAAAAAGCAACAGUAAAUACGUGGUUUGGUAAAUUUAAGGACAAAUGAGUUGUGUCUCUUUUUUUUGGUUAUGGCUGCCAUUGUUAUUUGCUAUGUCAACUAUUGUUUUACUGUGAAAUAGUCUUAUUAGGUACCACAAAGAUAUGAUUGUGAGAUUAUUGUGAUAUUGUGGAAUUGGAGAGAGGCAGGCUCAAGCAGUUUCUUUGACAUAAUUGGCCAUACAGUUGUAACUGCUAAAGAAAUCAAAGCUGCAGUUUUUUGUUCUGCAAUCUCCACUAAAGUGCCUCAAUGAACUUUGAACACUGCAGAUCUUUAUGCUCUCCAGAAAGAGUGCAAGUUUUUAUUAUACAGCUAAAAGGUGUUCUUAAGUUGAAUUAAAAGACACUUCAAUAAAAGAACCAACAGCAUAAAUAUAGGUGUUUGUACUGAUGAUAGUGAUUGCUGAUUUGCCUAACUCUUCUAAAAAUUAAGCAGCCCUAAGUACUAACGGCCAACCCUGGAUGCUUGGCAGCUAUAACACUGUACUGGUUAUUAGAUCAUACCAAUUCUGUUUUCUAUUUGUGCUGCUGAUUGUGCCACAGUUGUUGUGAGCAUUCAGAUAAAAAGCCUUCACUUUUGUUCUUUA